AUGCAUACUCCAGACCUGCUGACCCUGCCUGUCUUCGUGUUCACAUUUCUUGAAGCCGCAAAAUCACCCAAUUUGCACGAUACUUCUACUCUCGACAUGCUCUGUCGGUUAAUCCAAGACGAGCACUUUGCAUUAAGCUUGCCACCGGAGCAGUCAUUACUCAACGCGCAGACUUAUUCAAUGCCGAGAGUACUCGAAAUGGUUCAUGGCGCCUUGAAUUUAGUCCGUGUCUCGUACACCUCGCUUUCGCGUUCACCGUUCCACGAUCUAAUUUCCUCUGCAUCACAACUUCUUAUGCUCUUGCUUUCAUGCGUCAAUGACAUGACCUCUAUAAGUGCUGGGCAGGCUAUGAUGCAUUAUGCAGAAGUGUUGGAAAUAUUACAAUUGCAGGAUCUUCAUGGAGAUCUGAAAGCAGUCCUAGAACCGUUUGCAUUGUCACUCAACAUGAUAAUGGUGGAUGAUUCAAAAAUGGCCCAAGAGGCGCAACUGAUGCAGUCUCUUCAACUAUCGAUAUCCAAGGGCGAUAUCCUUGGGCCAAACUCGGAGUCGGAUAUUGCAUCGUGCAGCUUAUUGUUGCGACAUCUGGUCGUGAAUCGCACUACAACAUUUGGAUCUGGUUCACCUGCUGCAGUUGCAAUACUAGUUACUGCAUUCAGGUGGACAACAUGGUCCCCGAGAAUAUUCUAUACGCAGCUUUUUCUUGCGGCUAUAUCGAUUCUUUCCCAAAGUAACUCGCACAAGACUAAUGCCCUUAUUUGGCGCUCCUUCAUCAUUACAAGGUUAACGCGUAUUCUGUCUGACUUUGAGCAAGUCCUGACGGCCGACUCAGUAGGAGAAUCGGAAUGGCGAGGAGCAAUCCAAGCUGCAUUUUUGUCGAUUCAGAGUCGCAUAGAUUUAUUGAGUCAAUGCGAUACGAGCGCUACCUCGCGAGACGUGGAUGACAUGAACGUUGACCCUCCCGAUAGCAUGCGUAGCUCAUCAGUUGGCUCAUCGACGUUCUUCACGUCGUUAAUUCAAUAUUGCGCACUUCGGACGAGUCUUUUUGACAAUAGUACUCGAAUGAUGUUUAAGUCGACAAUCGAGCCCACCUUGAAUACGUUAUUAUCUAACGAGUGUCAAGAGACUGGGUCUACAUUAGAUGCGUACAUCGAAUCACGUCUUAUUUCCGACGGGAACAAGGAAGAAACGCUACUCCCUUUCCUUCGGAGAUGCGUUGACGAUAUCCUAAAUCAUCCGCAGAUAGCCAAGGCUGUAAUUAAGAGAGUCGAAACAUUGUGCCAGCAAGUCGACGUCGAAGGUCUCGGUGUACUCUGCAAGACUUUCAAUUCCCUUGACGUGGCAAUGGACAUAUUUUCUUUGCAUGUCAGAAUUGAUGAUAUUCUUGCUCCCAUCCUUGCAUUUAUAGACGACUUUGACUGCGAAUCAGUAGGCGACCCGCAGACUGGGCUUGAGUACCUCGGAAACGUGAUUCUGUUCUUGCAAGCAACGCUUGUGAAAUACCAGUUGUCAUCACACAUAUUUACGCUCGGCGAUCGCGUUCUCGCAACGGAUUAUCUGCUUUCCACGUCCACCGUUUUCCGUAUGUCAUCUCUCGGUCUGGAAGACGUGAAUGUCGUCAAGGCAUGGUCCAAGGCUCUGUUCGAUACCAAUAGCGAGGGUAUCGAAGACAACAUACUCAGGACUACGAAACCGAAAAUGCUUAUGAAGCUUACUGCAACUUUGAUCUUACAAGCGUGUAAUGCAUGCGCAGACCGUAGAUGGAGCGAAGAUAUGUUGAAGAACGGCGUGUCAUACUUCACAGGACCCCUACUGAAUUGGACACUCGUGGGCGGAAUCAAGGCACUUCUACGCGAUAUAAUGGAGAAAGAUUUCAAUACUCCUAUCCACCUCGAAACGCUGCAAACUCUUGUCGAGUCUUCUUUGUGUCCUAAAGCUGUAAUUAGUUUGACCGGGCAUGGUAUACUGGCACUUGCGACAGAUCCGAGAGCAUCAGUUAUUGAGAGCAAAUCUCCGAAAUUGUCAUUCAAGGCGGCAAACCUUCGAGCAAUAGCUAGCAAGGCCCUAGGAAUAGAUGAUAGUGAAUCGUCCGAUGCGAAGUUGAAAUCGCUCUCAAUUCCUUCAUCACACUGGCUUGAUCAGCCACGCAAAUCUAUCCGCGAAUUCUUCAAUGCCGCUCGGGCAGGGAGGGCACCUGCCUUUGACGUCGGACGAUGCGUUGCUGUGCUUGGUCCGACACGUUUUCUCCGACUGCUCUGGGACGAGCUCGACACCCCUGCUAAACUAGGCGAACUGGAAGUAAGCCGUAGGCUUGCAACUUACGUGCUACUCUGUCCGCCAGCAGCAACAGGAGCCGGUGCAGGACGCACACCGCCGCUGCUACCAAUCUUCCUUGGUAGUGUUCUUCAUGGUCUUUUAACGCGUCUGGACUUGAAAGCACCAGCUGAGCAGACACUUGGCAUCGAAUUGCUCGUGUCCGUCCUCACGUCCUCGCUGACCGGCUUGUUACAUCUGGAAUGGGCCUUACGAGCUGUCGGAGCUGAUACACAAAUUGAGAACCAUGCAUACCAGCCGUCUGUCACGAUCGCACGCAGGUUAGCUGCGGACUUACGAAGAAGUAAAAGCCCUUCCGCAGCUAUUGUGAUACAGAGGCUUUCUUCAUCACCUUCAUUCGUGGCAAACUUCCCUGUGAUGGCAGCAUGA